AUGGUAGACAGUACUCAAGAUGUAGCGGUUAUGGAUCAGUUGGCUAUAGUUGUUCGAUAUGUUAUUGAAGGAAAUAUAUUUGAACGACUUUUAAAACUAGUAGUUGUUAAAGAUUCAAGUGGUAAAGCGUUAUAUGAUUUACUAAAACAAAAUUUUGAAAAAUGUGGAAUAUCAAUGACCCAAAUAGUAGGUUGUUCCUUUGAUGGUGCUGCUAAUAUGAAAGGAGCUUAUAAUGGACUUAAAGCACACAUAUCAAAAGACAACCCUGAUUUAAUUUACACACAUUGUAUGGCCCAUGUACUUAAUUUGGUAAUCGCAGACUCAUCAGAAGAUUGCUCAAUAUCUGAAAAUUUGUACGGGUUAGUUGAAGAAACUGCUGUAUUUUUAUCUAACUCACACAAACGAAUGAACAUUUGGAAAGAACAAACUGGUGAACGACAUAAAGCACAUGCAAAAUUGUAUCGCAUUCAAAAAAUUGGUGAAACUCGUUGGUGGAGCAAACAUAAAGCGCUUGCAUCUAUAAUUGAUCCAGAAGAAGAUGAAAUGGAAUCUAGUAGAUUUGACAGUAAAACUAAGUUUAUGGCUCGUACAUUAUUAGAAAAGUGGUCUCAGUUUGAUACAUUAUUUGCAAGUAUAAUUAUUUUAGAUUUGUUUUCUAUAACAUCUCCUGUAUCUAAGUAUUUACAAUCAGAUUCAAUUGAUUAUUUAAGAGCAUGGCGUUCUGUAGAAACUUUACUAGAACUUGUCAAUGAACCAUUAUUGGACUUUCAAGACAAUUUUGUAUCAAAAAGAAUAUCUGUAAAAAAAAAACCCUGGAGAAUUAUCUAA